AUGCCUGAUGAAAGCGCUAAAGAAAAGAUGUCACGGGUCUUGGCGGAGCUGAAGUGUGUAGUUAGAUUGCAUCCUGAUGUUCAAACUAAUGGUUCCACUGGAAAGAAGGAAAAGCAAAAUUCACAGCGAGACAGCGAUAGAUUGACUAAAGUCAGUGAUAUGCAUAGAGCUUGGCAGGAUGCUAAUAGUGACUUUCAGCUACCAGUAGCCUUGGAUCAAAAAUCGAAUGUGUUAUCUCAAUCACCACUUCAGGCUCUAAAUGAUAAGGUCGUCAUCAACAAUGAACAGCUGAAAGGAUUAAAAAAAAAAAGAAAGCAUAAGAAAGGAAAGAAGAAUUUUCAAGAUCUGGACACGGAAACAAGUGCAGGGGAUAUAUCAUCUGAUUCAAGCUCUUCAUACUCAUCACAUCUAGAGAAUAUACAAUCACACAACAUCAGCUAUAACAAUGAAUUCAAAAGUCAGGAGUGUUCAUCUAGUGCCACCUCAGGACCCGAUACGCCAGCAGAUCUAAGUGAUGAUGGUGACGCGAAUCAGGGGCUCAAUAACGUAGCCUCUGAUGUCGUGGAUGUCGUAUCAAACGUCAUUCAAAACAAUUUAAAUGAUUCCGCACCAAUUACCAAUGACAAGGUGCAAUCUUCUGUUAAAUUAAAAAGUGUCGAUUCGAGCAAUAAUAUUGAAAGUGUUCAAAUGCCCAUUAACGCUAUCAAUGGUGCAGGGUCAACUUUAGGCAGUAGAUAAGAUUAAAGAAGACGAGUUGGCCAAAGAUAAGGAA